AUGCGAGACAUCGAGGGUUUCAUCAAAAAGCUCAUCGAGUUUGAGCUGGAGUGCGUGAGCCACUUGCCGCAGUCCAUGUUCCUUGCUGCUUCUUCCCUUUUGGGGCCCCUCUUUGACUCCUUUUUGGGGGCCCCCAGUACCCUUUUGGGGCCCCCAGAUGUGCAGUGGCUCACUACGCUGGUGGGGCCCCCGCUGCAGGCCCUGAUGCGCGCCAUGGACGAGCAGCAGCAGCAGCAGCAGCAGCAGCAGCAGGACUGCCCUGAGGAGCUUCUGUACCCUUCUUUGAAGCUCUUUGUGGACUCUUUGACUUCCAUGAACUUCUCUUUAAUGCCAAGUACCAUUAGGGGCCUUUUAUAUUUAUUAACAGAUUGCAUAGAUGCCCAGGGGCCCUACAGAUGGGGCCCCCGGGGGGCGUCCGGACUCCCCAGGGUACUGGGGGGCCCCCCAGCCCCCAUGAACUUCGUCAGUGCCGCUGCUGUUUCUAGCUGCUGCCACUUGCUGCUCUCCCGCCUCUUCGUCAACGCCAUAUAUCUCUUGAGGGCCCCUGAGGGGCCCCCCUGGCAGUACUGGGAGGCCCCCCUGGGGGCCACCGGGGGGGCCCCCACAGGGGCCCCCCCAGGGGCUCCCUUCGGGGGCUUCCCAGGGGCCCCCCCGGGGGCCCCUCUAGGAGGAGGCCCUCCCAACCCACCUCCCGGCGGAUCCCCAGGGGCCCCCCCAGGGGCCCCCUCCAAGCCGUCCCCCGACGCCACCCCUGGGGCCUCCAAAAAGGCCCCGCCAGGGGGCCCCCCAGGCGGCCCUCCAGGAGGCCCCUCGGGGGCCCCCCCAGGGGGCCCCCCAGGGGCCCCCCCCGGUGGUCCCCCGAAAUCGUCCUCGAAGGCCCCCCCAGGGGCCCCCCCGAAGGGCCCCCCUGGUGCUCCUCCCGGGGGCCCCCCAGAGGCCCCCCCAAAGUCCUCCCCCAAAUCUUCCCCAGGGCCCCCCUCGGGGGCCCCCCCAAAGGCCCCCUCAAAAUCCUCCCCAGGGGCCCCCGCAAAGUCCCCCUCGAAAUCCCCGCCUGAGGCCCCCGCGGGGGCCCUCCCGGGGGCCACCCCGGGGCCCUCCCCGCCCGGGCCACCCCCGGGGGCCCCCUCAGGGGCUCCCCCCGGGGCCCCCGCAGGGGCCCCCGCAGGGGCCCCCCCGGGGGCCCCCCCGGAGGCCCCUCGGGACACCUCGCUAUUCCCGCUGCACCUCAAAACCCUUUUGAUGCAUUCUUUUUCCGCCCAUGAACCGGCCGAGGAGGCGGGGAAGAGCGCAGCAGCUGUGGGGGCCCUGAAGGCGGAGAAGUUUUUCUGGGAUCGACGAUCCCGAUCCCAGCGAGCGUGUGGGGUGCUGGAGCGGGGGCUGCGGGCGCUGGGGGAGUACUGCUGGGACCCCGGAGUGGCCCUUUUGCUGCUGCAGGGGGGCCUCCCUGCAGCAGCAAACGAAAAGAAAGUUUUGGAGGCCCUUGGAGAAGUGGAAGAGAGUCUGGAGAGCCACCCGGAACACCGGCUGUACGUACACCUCAGCGCCCGAGUGGUCCACUGGUCACGCGCGCAGCUGCAGCUGCCGCGGCUGCACUCACCGCUGGCGUUUGCUGCAGCAGGCAGCAGCAGGCAGGGCGAGCCUGCUGCUGCUGCGCUGCUGCAGCACGUGCUGCAGCUCGACGCGCAGCUAAGACUCCAAACAGCAAAACUCAGUGCUGGACUUUCUCCCCAAGACAUUUAUUCUCCCCACUUCGACAAGCUCGUCGCCCUGGCCCUCACUGCCAGACAGUACCCCCUCCCCAGAACUGCGAGGUAG